AUGGAAGGACCUGGUAUGCCUGGCGCAUGUUCUGACCUGUUCAUUUGUCCGCCCGUUCCACCGCCCGAAAAGCACUCACCUGCCACAAACGAUACUGCAGAAAGACUUGCGGAUACUGCUCGGACUCAAUGGUGGCACCGGGAACUGGUUGCGGAUCGAACCCAAAUUGCGCUAGUUGGGUACGAAACGGAUUCUGCAAUAGCACGUUCUAUUCGCAAGCAUACAAAAUGCAAUACUGCGGACGCGCUUGUGGACUAUGCUAAAAUGGCUGGAACCUAG